GCGACCGUACCUCCGCGUGAAGUUUAUAAACCCUCGCGCAUUUUAUAUUAUUGGCGCAAAACAACUUCCUCGUACCAUGAACGGCAAUGGCUUCGUCCUUUUUCUCGCGGUCCUUCGGCUCCUCCGCGUCCAGGCGAUGCUCCGCCACUCCAAUUUCAGCGAAGCCGGGGAGGCGCUCAUGGUCUUCGCGUCAAAGACGUCGAUACGGGCGUUUUACCUCGACUCGGAGAUCUACUUCUCGAUAGCCGAGGACCUUCAGCACGUGGUCGGUGUCUCGCUGGACUCGCACUUUGUCUACUGGUCGGACAUCCAAUUGGGCGACGAGGCCAUUUUUCGCAGCCUCGAGGACGGCUCGAAGCGGGAGGUCCUCGUCACCGCCGGUCUCGGUUGCCCGGAGGACAUAGCCGUCGACUGGAUAACGGGCAACAUUUACUUCACCGACAGCAUGUACAAGCACAUUGGGGUCUGCAGCAACGACGGCACCUAUUGCACGGUCAUCAUAACCGAGGCGACGGAAAAACCACGUGGCAUAGCGCUCAUGCCGUCCAACGGGUCGUUGUUUUGGAGCGAUUGGGGCGACAAGCCGCACAUCUCGGUCGGGCACAUGGACGGCUCGAGCCGCGAGUUUCUGAUAACCGAGAAGAUCGGCUGGCCGAACGGCUUGACCAUCGACUACCCGGGCAAGCGGCUCUACUGGGUCGACGCCAAGCUCAAAGUCAUCGAAUCGGUCUCCCUCGACGGCCACGAUCGGAGAACGGUCCUGCAGGACAUGGCCAAGCAUCCUUACUCGAUCGCCAUUUUCGAGAACCGAUUGUACUGGACCGACUGGAGCACCAACAGCAUUCACUCGUGCAACAAGUUCACCGGCAAGGACUUUAACACGCUCUUCCAGAAGAACGAGACCCUCUACGGCAUCCACAUCUACCACUCGACCUUGAAAGCCAAGUUGGAGAAUCCUUGCGCCAACAGCUCUUGCUCCCAGCUGUGUCUCCUGGGCUCCGGGGGAAAAAACCACACCUGCGCCUGCACCUUGGACAAGGAGCUCAACGAAGACAAGCGCACGUGCAAAGACUCGGCGAAGCGGAGGCACAUCAGAAUAGCAGCGGGCAGUACGAUGAUCGACUAUUAUCACGAGCUGCUCGGCCGGCCGAGGAUGCACGCCAGCGUCACGUCGGAUCCCAUCGGUGCCAUGACCUACGACUCGCUUACCGACUCGAUAAUCGCGAUAAACGAGAUCAACCAGUCGAUAUUUCGGUACAACCCGCACUCGGGGACAGUAAGUCACAUAGAGCUCUCGGUAAACGGUAUAAUAGGCAGCAUCGCGUUCGACCACUUGGGCAACAAUAUAUACCUGAGCAACACCUUCCACAAGAAGAUCGAGGUCUACAGUUUGACCACCGGCCAGAGGACCGAGUUCUCUUACACCCAAAAGCCAUACUCUCUCACUCUCAUUCCAGAGGAUGGCAUAAUGUUCGUCGUGUUCAAGGCUAACGACGAGUACCACAUAGACAGGGUGCAGAUGAACGGGCUGGGCUCGAGGAGCCACAUGGUCGAGAACGGCCUCGUUGGCCCGACGAUCUCGCUGACCUACGACGCGGACACGAAGCGCGUCUACUGGGCGGACGAGGGCGCCGGCCGCAUCGAGAGCAUCGAUACCAAAGGGCAAUUCAGGCAGCUGUUCCGUACGGGGCUCACGUCACCCAUGAGCAUCGCGGUGCUCGACAGCGAAGUAUUUUGGACCUCGCGGAAGGUCCACCGGCUCAGUUGGGCCAACAAGAAGAUGAUCGUGCCCGGUAACAAGGGCAUGCUCCUGCAGGUCGCGGACGACCUGGACGUUUUGCACUUGCAGACGAUCGAUGGGUUGAACAGCGAGCAGUCGCACCCCUGCCACAAGAACAACGGGGGCUGCUCCCACAUAUGCCUCGUCACCAAUUCGACCUCAAGGUUGUGCGCCUGUCCGGCCGGCAUGCUGAUAAACUCAGACAUGAACACGUGCAAGGAGAAAACGACGUGCGCGGAGAACGAGUUCAGGUGCGAGCGCAGCAAAGUUUGCAUCCCGAAAAACGAGAGGUGUAACGGGAUGAGCGAUUGCCCGUACGACGAGGACGAGCAGGAUUGCAAAACGAGCGUCGAGUCGGCGUGCCGGAGCGACGAGUUUGCCUGUUUGAGCGGCGAGUGCAUCAAGACGACCAGCCGAUGCGACUCGGUCUACGAUUGCGCCGAUCACUCCGACGAGAACAACUGCGAGAACCACACCUGCACCACCGACGAGCACCGAUGCCACAACGGCGCCUGCAUCUCCAAGUACCUUGUCUGCAACGGCAUGCCCGAUUGUACCGAUUACUCGGACGAGGAGGAUUGCGCCGGUCACGCCUGCGACGAUCACUCGUUCAGGUGCAGCUCGGGCCUGUGCAUACCGCGAAAUUGGGAGUGCGACGGGCAAUUCGACUGCACCGACGGCUCGGACGAGCACGAGAGUUGCAGGCCAACCGCGUGCGGUCUCUCGAUGUUUAGCUGCAGGAACGGCAGGUGCAUCGACGAGCUGCUCAGGUGCAACAGCGUUGAUGAUUGCGAUGACAAUUCGGACGAGGAGGACUGCCCGGAGAGCAAAAAAUACGACGCCCUCUUCUGUACGAAGGACGACCAUUACAAGUGCAAGAACAGCUCGACCUGCAUACCCGAGUUGUGGAGGUGCAACGGGCGCGCCGAUUGUCCCGAGCUUGACGACGAGAUGGGCUGCGGCAGCUGCCUGCCAGAGACGCAGUUUAGCUGCACCAACGGCAAAUGCAUACCGAUCGAGUGGGCCUGCGAUCACAUGGACGAUUGUGGCGACAACUCGGACGAGUCCAGCUGCGCGAAGCCCGUGGCAACGGCAACGUCCACGUCGCGGCGCGACUGUCCGACCGGGCAAUUCGCCUGCAUCACCGGCUACUGUCUUGACCUCGACAAGAUAUGCGACGGGAAGCAGCACUGCGUCGACGGCAGCGACGAGGGCGACCAAUGCGACAAGGCUUGCGAGACCAACACGUGCGACAACGUGUGCCACAAGACGCCCGUGGGUCCGGUCUGCAGUUGCCGGAGCGGCUACGAGCUCGAAGCCGAUGGCAAGUCCUGCCGCGAUAUCGACGAGUGCCAGGCCAACGGAUGUCCCCAGAUCUGCAACAACCAGCCCGGCUCGUUCGCCUGCUCCUGCUUCGAGGGCUUCGCGCUCAAGCUCGACCGGGUCACCUGCAAGGCUACCGGACCGCCCAUGAAGAUAAUAACAGCGACGCAGGACGACAUAAGAACGAUAUCGCCUUCGUUGGCGCAAAAGUCGGUGACUGUCGUGGCCCAGUUUCCCGGAACCGAGAUCACCGGUCUGGACGUAAACUCGCGCGAGAACACAAUUUACUGGAGCAACGAAAAUCUGGGCACAAUCAACAAGAUACAGGUGGACACGAAGAAAAUCACCUCGGCGACGGACGGCGUCGGCAGACCGGAGAUGCUGGCCCUGGACUGGAUCACCAACAACGUGUACUUCUUCGACAACCAGCGAGAGCCGCUGAUAAAGGCGUGCAACGUGGACGCGAACAAAACCGCGAUAAUCGUGCGGAUAAAAGGAUCGAAAACACGCGUGACCGCGAUCACGCUCGAGCCGAUAAAAGAAAUCCUCUUUUGGGGCGAGGUGGAGUGGAAGGUGCUGUUCGACAAGCCCAAGGGUGAAAUCAGGCGGAGCGACCUGAUGGGCAACAACAUCAAAGUCAUAGUCAACGAUACCCUGGGCAUAGUCUCCGGUCUGACGAUAGACCACCAGAGAUCCCUGAUCUACUGGGCGGACAACUACCUGGCCAGCGUCGAGUGCGUCGACUUUGACGGCAACAACCGCAAGGCCAUUCUAGCCGAUCUUGUGUCGAAGCCCAUAGGUCUGAACUUCUUCGAGGAUUCGCUCUACUGGCAAGCCGAAACGAGCGGUGUGCUCAGAAAGCACCAGCUUUACGGGAACACGGUCUACCACCUGCUCGUGGUGAGCAGCAGCAACUUGAGCCGGUUGUUCGCGUUGGCGCAGGUCUCGCGGCAGCCCCACACCGAGGACAGGUGCGCGACGCGGGGCUGCCAGCACCUCUGCGUUGUCUCAAAGGGCCAGCCAAGCUGCAUCUGCAGCGAUGGUUUUCCCGCGAUGAACAACGGCACCGAGUGCCCCGGGGACGCGGGCAUCGUCACCGACGACGAGCUCGCCCUCGAAGCCAAGACCAACGACGCGAGGUUCCGGCUGCUCGGCGGCACCGACAGGAACACCCUCCAGGCCAGCGUUGCUCGGGACGGGGUCUCCGAGGGCCGGUCCGGCCGGGGGACCGGGGCCUUUUUCGUCAUCGCCCUCACGCUCGUGGGCCUCGCGAUGCUCUACUCGGUCUACUUCUACGUGAGGAAGAAGAAGCCGGGCUUCUUCAAGAGCCGGGAUCUCAGUAUACGGUUUCGGAAUCCGGCCUUCCCGAGGAGGAGCGUUGGCAGCUCGCCGGCUACCGGGGGCACCUCGAUCUUGAUACCUGGGGAGCACGAGUACGCGAAUCCGAUGUCGAGCGCAAAGGUUAACAAGUCCAACGCGAAGAAACCACUGGAGCUGCUGGCAGACGUCUCGGACGGCGAGCCGGAGGAUACCAAUUCUCGUUUGAUACGCUGAAGAUGACGUGUAUAAUUUUCACGUGGAGCGAAACAUUUGUCAUUAUCGAAGAAUCGCAUGAAAUACGCUUUCGAAGUAAUUUCGGUUUUUUUUCAUGUUUAUUUGUUUUUUCCUAGUUUUUAUUGUUGAUAAGAAUCUUUGUCAACGGGAGCGUCGUCGAAGAUUUAUUUUAUUCAUCGGGUGUGUACAUAUAUGUAAAUUGUAAAUAAUUUUUUAACCCCAAACAAAUGUUCUCGUAUAAUUGUUACAUUUUGUAUAAAAAAAGGUUCAUAAGUAUAUGCUGGUAAUUACACUCGUUUCGUGUGUCUACAUGUUUGAAGUAACGUGUAGCGACGCUCCUAGAAAAUUUGUAACUGUGUUUUCUCGUUGAAUCUCACUGAUAAAAUAUUCCCACACAACUAUCAAGUACUUUUUAUGCCUAUGUUUUAUACGUAAUUUAAACAUAUUACCUAUUGUGUGAUACCAUCAAAUUUAUAUAUUCUUAAUUGUUAAGCUAAAGUUUUAUCUAUUACUUUAAAUAAGUAAAACAGCGAGGAAAAUGUUAUUACAAACGUGUGAUUACGAUGUACAAUGUUAUUUGCUGUAAAGUGCAAGUAUACCGAGAGAAACAAAACCUUAAAUUAAAAAUUACUGUUCUGCAUAAUAAGCUGAUAGUAAAAUAUUAGUAAAGUAAUUAUUACUGAUAUAGUUAUUUGUUCGAAUCCAUUUGUUUCUCGGCUUAUGAAAAAGUUGUAUCAGUUAAAUGCCUUUACGAGAUAUUUUAUAUACGUAAAGUCGUUAAAGUCGCAUGCUUGUUCUUUACUAAAAAUAUACGCGUUGUAAAAA